GCGGAGUAUGUUCCGCUCCUCUCCAAGAUAUAUGUAUGUUGUGGUUGUUGUUGUUGUCAAACUGAAAGAGUUGUUAUGAAUUAGUAGAUGAACGUCAGAAAGAAAAAUGGAUCUUACUCGAGGCUCAGAUUCUCGUAACAAUUAUUUAAAGCAUAUUCGAGCCUAUAUUUGUGGGGACGUAGUUGUAAGAAGGUGGUGGUUACUGUACAUGUAACCUCUGAACUAACUUCACAGAUACAGAGACGUUGAAAGAAUGAAUGUCCAACACUUUAAUUUUGUUACCUGUUCAACUGGCGAAUGUAAUGAUUACCCCAAAGAAAUAACGGUACGCAUUGAUGGAGAGUCCCAGCCUAUUCUUAUUAUCCCAUUUGAAGAAGAGCCAGAGCCAGAGCCAGGGCCAGUGAUUGCGGACUAUGUUAAUGUCAGAAUUCAGGUGGAGCCCGAAAACCUAAGUAUCAAAACUGAAGAUGUAGUAAGAAGGAAGGAUGUGAAAAUACGAGCAACAAAAUCUAAAGAACGAACCUUUGUGUGUGACUUAUGUUCAAAGGCUUUUGCCACAAGGCAACACUUGGAACGACAUAAUAAUCUUCAUUCAAAGAAAACUUUGUAUCCAUGUGAAGAAUGUGACAAAGUUUUGUUGGACCGAUCUUAUCUCUUGCGACAUAUGAAGAUACACAUAGGCGUAAGGCGUUUUAAAUGUCGUACCUGUGAGAAAGCAUUUCUCACUCCGUCUAGUCUAAGGAGGCACGAAACACUUCAUAAUCCUGACUUAAGAAGUCAUGUUUGUUCUCAAUGUGGAAAACGCUUUCCAGACAAUAGCAGUCUUCAGAAGCACAGUCAUCUCCACACUGGGGUUAAAAAACAUGUCUGUCCAGUCUGUGGACAUGGAUUUUCACAUUUAGGUGACUACAACAUUCAUAUGAAGUGUCAUGACCCUGUUAAAGAAUAUCAGUGUGACGACUGUGGAAGAAGGUUUGCCCGACAUAAUAAUAUGGUAAGGCACAGAGCUGUCCAUUCAGGGGAAGGCAGCCAUUCAUGUGAUACCUGCAAUGUAAGCUUCCAACAUGCAGGGACAUUAACUAGACAUAUCCUAAGCUGUCAUCCUGAGAAAGCGAAAGUAAAAAAGUCAGUUGUGCACCCUCCCUCUGUUGCACCAGAAGUGCUGGCAGAAGAGGAUGUUGAUGGUGAUCUGGAUAUGCUGGACAGUAAAAUUGAAGUGGAUAGAAUUAAUUCAAAAGAGAAUGAGGAAACUGGCUUGUCUCAGCAGAUCACACUGAUCAGGUCAAGUCCAUCAUCAUUUCAAAUUUUUAGAUUAAAUGAUGUGGGAGUUUUGGAGAGGAUUGCUGAAAAUGUUUCUGUUGAAGUUCUCUGUUCUGGUGAGCAAAAUUCCUCCGACACAAUACAAGUGAAUGAUUCGAAUGAAGCUGACACUGUGCUCUUGGAAGCCUAGUAAAACUAAUUAAAUCCUUGUCUAUAAUUGCUCAAGAAUGUUAAGAUGUUUAAAUGAUUUUGUAUGCUUGCUAUCAUGGAAACCCAAAGGUCUGGAAGUAUGUUGUCACCUUCUUUUAUGUACAUUCAGUUUCUUUCAUACUUGGUU